UGCUUCUAAAGUUAGGAGGGUCGACGAACCUCGUUAGAACGCCGAAAGAAUCGUCUGUUUUUGUCAGACUAUGAAGGAGACUCCUCGGUGUGGUAGGACCAAUGUUGGAUCAAAUAUAGGCAGCCCACUACCUCGAAUUUCAAGACAAGCUUAACAUUGCAUUUACGUCUCGAUUUAGCCUUUGACUUAUCCAUACCAUGUGGGAAAAUCUCCUGGUUUGCGUGAACAGAUUUGCCAGAACAUAGAACAUUUCAAAGUCAACUUCGCCGCCUCUUUCCCGAACCUCUUCCUCAGUUGCCGCAACCAAGUAACUACCAACCAUCUUUCGUCCACUUAAACAACAGUACAAACUUAAGAAACAAUCAAACUUUAUUGUCGUUAUUUUAACAAUGACAAAAGAAAAAAGAAAGAAAUACUCUUGAAACUUUUGAUUCGUUCUUCUUUUGGGUUGUAUAUUAGAGUUUUUGCUACCAAUUGCUUGUUUUUUUUUAUAGUGUCAGAUUUGUUUCCCUGCUGUGGCCAGCACGAUGACAUGAGACAGACCCAGAAAAUCUAUGGCCUAUGUUUUUGUUUUGGUCAGAAUCUGUAGUCUAUGUUAACCCACAAGAUUGGUUAGCGUGUGUUGAACGAUCUUCGGUGGCACCACCAGUGAUUGGGGAGAAGAAAGAUUCAAAAGUGUGCAAGAAUUUUAAUUUGCCUUCCCUUCUGGACCGUCAAUAAGUGUGGGAAUAAAGUAGAGCACCUUACGUAGAUGGUAAGGUCCAACAAUCCAAAAGCUGAAGCAUUCGCCCCUUGCGUUAGUUGUCUCUCUUCCUUCAGGAAAGUCAAUGUUCAUAAAGCUUCCAAAAACCCCGCAUAAAGCACCUGUCACAACCCCCUCCUUCAGAUCAUUCCCGAAAACAAAGAACAAUGGCUCUCUUGUCUAUCUUCUCCCUCAUUUCAACCUUCGUUUUCUUCGCGUUGGCCUCAUCACCUUUGGUGGUUCUUGCCCAGCAACCUUAUGUGGGCUUGACCACAACAGCUUGCACCUCCACCGACAACUCCUCCUCGCAAUUCGGAUACACCUGCAAUGGCCUCAACAGAAGCUGCCAAUCCUACCUCAUUUUCCGGUCCCGAUCCCCUUACAACACGGUCUCGUCUGUCUCGGCUCUCUUGGCCUCGAGCCCGUCUCAAGUCUCGUUGAUAAACUCGGUCGCCGGAUCCGCAAGCUUUAGUACCGAUCAUUUGGUGAUAGUCCCCAUCACUUGCUCAUGUUCAGGUCAGUACUAUCAAGAGAAUGCCAGUUAUGUUGUCCAGUCAGGAGAUAACUACUUGUCCAUUGCCAAUAACACUUACCAAGCCCUCUCAACAUGCCAAGCUCUCCAGAAUGUGAACAACAUUAGUGCUUCUGAUUUGUCUGUUGGUGCAAAAAUUACUGUCCCUGUUAGGUGUGCUUGUCCAACAAAAAACCAGAGUGAUGCGGGUAUAAAUUAUCUCUUGACCUAUGCUACUGUGGCUGGCGACGACAUUUCUGAUAUUACUGCGAGAUUUGGAGCAGAUGCCACGGCUACUUUAAAAGCUAAUAAUCUCUCUGUAGGGGAAACCAUCUAUGCUUUCACCACACUUCUGAUACCGAUGGAAAAUCCGCCCACGAGUUCUCAGACCACAUCACCGUCUCCUCCUCUGCCAUCACCGCCUUCUAUCAUUACAACUCCCCCAGGCAAAAGUUCGAAGACAUGGGUUUAUGUCACUAUCGGUGUUCUUGGUGGAAUUGCUGUGAUUGCAGUGUUAGGCACAGUCGUUUUCUUUAAGUUCUUCAGAGGAAGGACUAGGAGAGAGAAAAUUGACUCGACCAUGGUCUUAGAUAGCUUUGAGGCAUUUGAAAAUCCAAGCAAUAAGAAGUUGGAUGAGGACUCUCUGGAUUUCCUCGAUAGCAUAUCCAGCGUUGCGCAGUCCAUCAAGGUGUAUACUUAUAAAGAGCUGCAAGCGGCAACCGAAAACUUCAGUUCCAGCUGUUUGAUCAAGGGAUCGGUCUACCGUGGCAAAAUCAAUGGAGAUUACGCGGCGAUCAAGAAAAUGAACGGGGAUGUGUCGAGGGAAGUGGACAUACUGAACAAGAUCAACCACUCCAAUCUUAUACGCCUCUCGGGUAUAUGCUUCGACGAGGGGCAUUGGUACUUCGUAUAUGAAUAUGCAGUGAACGGACCCUUGAGCGAGUGGAUUUACCAAAAUAACAGCGAAGGAAGAUUCUUAACAUGGAUGCAGAGAAUGCAAAUCGCCUUGGAUGUGGCCACCGGGCUUGACUAUCUCCACCACUUCACGACCCCACCUCACGUCCACAAGAACAUCAAGAGCAGCAACAUUCUUCUUGAUGGCGACUUUAGGGCCAAGAUAGCAAGUCUCGGACUCGCAAGAUCGACAGAAGGAGAGGAUGGAGGAUUCGCCUUGACAAGGCACAUCGUUGGGACGAAAGGUUAUAUGGCUCCCGAGUACUUGGAGAACGGUUUGAUCUCUGUGAACUUAGAUGUCUAUGCGUUUGGCGUUCUCUUGCUGGAAAUGAUGACUGGGAAAGAGGUCAUUUCUUUGUGUGGCGGAGAAAACAUGCAAGCGUAUGAUGUUGUGAGUUUGGUGCUUACUGAGGAUGGCGGGCACGAGAGACUGAUGCAGUUAAUUGAUCCUUCGAUGAGAGAGAUGUACCCGUUGGACCUUGCCAUUUACGUUAUCAGAAUAAUCGAGAGUUGCCUGAAGAAAAAUCCAUCGGAUCGCCCUGCCAUGGAUGAGAUCGUGCAGUCUCUGUCGAAGGUCUUCACGGCAUCAUUGGCCUGGGAACACUAGAACAUCCUCCUGAGGUUGCCAAGCUUCUGCAUUUUCUUCGAGCUGUAAUUAGAUUGUUGGCACAGAGACUCACUGAUACGGACAGUCUACAUAUUCGUUUUUUCUGUUCUCAUGCUGAAUACAAGAUCCUAUUUCAUGUAUAUCUAGCGAAACAGCAAAAGAGAUGAUUCAUUGCGAUACCUUUGUCUUGUUGUGA